AGUUCCCGCAGAUGGGUCGAGCUCCCCAGGGUCGGCCCUCGGGGCGCGCGUGCGCGUGCGGGGAGGGUGGGCCGUCCCCGCGGCCGGCGCCCCCGCGGUGCCCGCAGGCGGCCUUCUGGCUGUAGCGUGCGGCGCGCGCCGCAUUCGCCCCUGGCCGAUGGUGGAGCUGGAGGGUGGCGCGGAGCUGAGCGGUCAGUCCGACGAUGGCGACGACAUCGCCCGCUUCGAGCGCCAGUGCGCCGCCAGGGCCAAGGCGGAGGGCCUCGUGGCGUCGGGAUACGGCGACGAGCGCGAGGGCGACAAGUCCGACGAGGAAGAUGAGCCGGACGAACGUCUCCAGAGGGCGAGGCUGGCAGCUGGCACCGGCCCCCCGCCAAGCGGCGAGAGCGAGUGGCAGCAGCGCUGCAGCUUGCUGCAGGAGCUCCGCGGGAUGCCUAAAAC